AUGUCAUCCCAAAGCUUCAACAGCUCCUCAAGCGAUCCCUCAAACGAAAGACCCUCCGAGCUGGAGAAGCUCCAUUUCGUUGCUACGUUCGAACACAAGAAGCUUCUCGAGGACAUCAGCAACAGUGCCUAUGACCUUGGUCUCAAAGCCGGUCGAGAACAAGCCAACCCCCAUCCCGACGACGAAACCCAAGCCCUGAUCCUCAGCCUCACCGACCGUAACGACGAGCUGCAGAAGCAGAUCAAGGACCAAGCGACCGAUUCUCUGCUUGAUCUCGCCAACGUCACCGCAGCCCACCGCGCCGUGAGUGCUACGACUCAUGCUGAGAGUCUCAAGCCGAACGACUAUCGAAUUCUGAGGGAGUCAUGCAGUCAGCUCGCGAAGCUGGAGGAUAAGUGCAAGGAGCGUGUUGAAGAGAUCUCACGCGGUGCGAUGAAGAGACCUGGAAGCGCAUUGGAGCGCAAGGGUGGCAACAAGCGCUCGUUUAGGGGCUAG